UUCGCGCGUCACUUCAACUUCUACAACAGUCUGGCCACAGCUUCAACCAGAGAUGCAACUUCUGAUUUGCGCUUCGAUUCUACUCAGCUUUGGUAUCAGCACUUGCUCUGCUGCCACUAGUAUGUACGAUGGGAAACCAGGCUGCAAGACCGUCGGCGAGGUUGGUCAACUCUAUCGGAAUUUCUGGGAUCCAAUGCGUUAUUGGCGCUGUGUUGGCCUAAAUAUGGAACCGCUACAGCAAAGUUGUCCCGACGGCACCGGUUUCCAACAAAGUUUGGGUCGUUGCAUUCCUUGGAAAGUUUGGAAAUGGGAGACACCACAAUAUCCACCAAGUUGUCCUGAUGGCGUGAUGUGCUUGUCAACUGAAUUGCGUCCAUUGGCAGCGGGAAUAACAACUCAAACACAGGCCCACUUAUCUUCACAGGUGUUAGUGCCAUCGGAGACAUUGGUGCCAACGACAUUACAGGAAUCUCAGAUAUUCGUACAACCGCAGCCAGUCAUACAACCGCAACCCUUCCCACAGUCGCAGCCAUUUGUACAGCCGCAGCAAUUUGUACAACCGCAGCCGCUGGCUGAGUCGCGACCAUUACAGUCGCCGCAAGCUUUUCUCCCAAAAUGGUCAUUACCAACCACGCAGGCUCAACUACCGAAGCGUACUUGGCUGCCCUCACAGUCUACACCGGACCCGGCACACCCAUUAACAAGCUCACGGCCCUUGAGUCCCAAUGAUCCUUACAUUUAAGAAAUUUGUUGAGUGAAAAUUAUUUGAAUGUUUUAUUAAAUAUUUUGUUUUGUACACAUACAUACAUACUUAAGUGGUGUUGGUAAGUAGUGGUUUUUAUAUUAUUUCAUUUGAUUUCCUGAAAAGUAGAAUAUCGGAAUUUUCCG